CCUACCGAAGCAAGUCUGUAAAAAGCGAUGACGAAUAAGUAAAAUAUCAUAAAAUACUUCGCUUACUCAUGCUGAUUCGGCCCUAAAAGCGUACUGGUCGCUUUUGGAAGACCAUACUGGUUACAAAGCGUUAACAUGGAGGAAAAGUCGAGCGGUACUGAUCAAUCUUUAAGAAACAAUGAAAGGCAAGGAGGAGUUCCUUAUCGGCAGCUUGCAGCUGACAUGGCGCCAUGUUUAGCAAAUCAGCAGUUUUCCAGGGGGGACAACGAAGUUGCAGACAACAAUGAGGAAAACAAUGAAAACGAAACUGAAAUUACUGAUGGUGCUUGGGAGACGCCAUUAGAGAAUAACAACAGGCGGAGAAGAAAUCAUUACGAAGAACUAGCGGCAGAAAUGGCUCAACCUUUAGCUGAUCUUCAAGUCGCUGGUGGCGAUAACAACGCUCUUAAUGGUGCUGAAGGUGGUAGUGAACCCCUAAAAAGUGAUGUGAACGACAACGACGUUCUUGAUGGUGUUAAAAGUGGUAAUAAAUCCUUAAGAAAUGAUGUGAAAAAUCGUUCGGGUAAAACCAAAGGAAAACGGAAGGAAAAGAAUCCUCCCAAAGGUUCACGAAAUUAUUAUUUUGACGUCGCAGCUAAUGUUUCCGAUUCUUUUAAGCAGCUUCGCACUCCAGGCAGCAAUGAUGACCGUGACUCGCUGCCUCAGAGUGAGGCGACCGGUUCUUUACCUUAUCAGGAGUCGCUUUCAGAACACGAUCAGGCUGGGUCAGGCUCCGUUGGCUAUAGAAGAGAAAGCUCUGGGUCAGUCGCGCAACAGGAGUCCAUCUCGGAAUAUAACCCAGACGCAACUUGUGGGUCAGCAUCGGAGAGCUGUGUACACUUAAACUUUGAGCCAGAGAUGCACAGUGAAGAUUGGUCUGGAACUGAAUACGACCGCAAGAAGGAAGAAACUGAAUCUAUCGUGCAACAGGAGUCAUUUUCGGAAUAUAACCCAGACGCAACUUGUGGGUCGUGUGGCGAAAGCUGUGGAGGUUUCAGAGAUGGGGACUCGUUGAGUGAUCGAGGUGAAGACAUUAAACCAGUUGCCCAACAAGAGUCUCUCUCAGAGUACGACGAAAAUGCUUCUUGCGGUUCAGGGUUUUUCCGCUCAGAAAAUGAAAGUUUUGAAUACUCUAGCAUUCAGACAGAAGAUUCACGAAGUUGUAAUGAAGGAAGUUAUAGGACGGAGGAUUCUCAUUCGAAGUCUACCGCUGAUUUUGACGCAACUUAUGGAGAAUGCUAUUCCAAGACAGACGGAGAACCUUACUCGAAACGAACCAAACCUAACCCUGAUACAAAAUUCGAUCCGUGUUUGAGUGCAGAUUUCGAGAAUAUGAAUCUCGCAGACAACGUCAGCGUUGAAUCUGGUCGAAAUGACUUCUCUUUUACGGAAAGUCCUGCUUCAAGUUUUCAGUCAAAUAGCACACAAGAUUCAUGGAAAGAUCCUCAAAUGUCACCGAAGAUUAACGAUCGUGGUGUUAAUAGUAAUUCCAACAAUUUCUCUGAGUUAGGAGAUUAUGGAUCGCACUAUUCAGCUCCUGUUGGCAAUUCUCAAGGCGCUAGACCAAAGACUACCGGUAAGGUACCCCAUGGAAAGAAAUCUAAACAGCCGAAACAAAACACAAAGAAUGCUUACACUGAGCUUGCCAAAGACUUAGUUGACGAUUUAUCAGCCAUGAAUAGGCAAUUAGAAGGAUCACGAGCUGAAGCACGCGGAGCAAAAUACAAGGGAGGGAGUGGAAAAGGAAAGGAGUUGUUGAGCGGCAGCACAAGGGAAAGGCCGUUCGCGGAUUCACUCACCGAUACCUGCAGAGAAGCUAGUGGUAGAAACAGUGAGAGAGAAAACCAAGAGCUCUCUGACGAAAGCACUUUAGAUACUGCGUCACCUGCUGGCCGUAGUAUGUUGUCGGACAGACAACAGGUGUUGUUGGAUGGUAGUUUACAAACUGAGAUGUCAACUGGCACUUCAUUACAUUCUUAUCCGUCGGAGGGAGAAGGCCUCAGUCUAAGGCAACAGACGAGCAUGGCAACGGACGAGGAACUUGAAGGGGUAGAUAUUUCUAAUCCGAGGGAGAAAAUCUCCACGUCGAAAGACGCUAGAAGAAAUGGCCCUUCUGCAGAAGAACGUCGGGCUCACAUCGAGGAGCAGCAACGCUUGAUCGAUAAUAUGGCACCAGAGCUUCAAUCACUGGUGAUACAGAUGAUGCAGAAUAACGAGGAGGAAGAGAGAGGUUACGCAACUCAUAACCUGUACUACAACCGCCCUGUACCUGCAAGGACGCUUCCUCCAGUUCCAGCUCCAGCCCGAAACACAAACCAAGGUGCCUGUGCAUUUGGAGCCUCGAAGCAGCGUGCAGGAGGCAAGAAAUCUCGCAAGGGCCCUAAAAGCAAGGGUCAUUAUGUAGAGCUUGCGGGUAUUAUAGCUCCUCAGCUAGCGGAAAUGAAUGCAGCGAUGGUGAACGGACACGGUAAAGAGCCACGAGCAGCAGAAACAACUGCUUCGGGCAUGCACACUGGGAAUGAACCGCCUAAGCCACAACCUGGCGCCCAUCAUGAAACUUAUGGAAUGGACGCUAAUCUGACUGGCGCUCGUCCUCGUGAUCAUAUGUCCUUUUCAGGUACAAGACUUCAAUCACGUAACCAGUCACGUGGUCAUUUGUCUAUGGCAUACCCGGUAGCCCAGGGAAGAGACACCACUGAUGGUCGAGGUGCAUCUACCCUUGUGGGAAACGGAACGACCUCUUCAAGAAGACGAGGGAAUGCCAACAUGACUCAGGGAGGCAGCAAAGCUCCUACCGGUAAAGAGAAUCGCGGAUGGCAAAAGAAAACCAAAGCAGAAGAAACGAGCAAAUCCAUGUUGUUCCAAAUGGCGGAAAACACAACUCAAUCUUUCCAGCAACUCAACGAGCUCUUGGAAGCGCAGCAACGCCCGCCGCUUUGUAUUAAUGGCAAUGGAGGUGCAGCUGCUGCUCGUGUUUCACCUGAACACGAAAAUGGCAGAGAUUUUACAGCCGAAGAAGCUGUUGUACGUGACGAAAGUAGUGCUGUGACGAGUAAAAGUACCCCGUCACGCACAGAGCGCAGUGAUAGAUAGUGUGGCAAGGUGUUCUUACCGAGUGUUAUACAGUGUGUUGGCUUUUUCCUUUAUUACAUCCAUUUUUUUUUCUAAAUCACUGGUGAUCCUUGCGAUCAAAUUGGCUCUUAUCGGUGCGAUUUAUUCAGUCUAGUCGCCAACUUAGCAACAAAUUUUUACGAUUUGGCAGCCAAAGACGGUGAAAUUGGCGACCAUUGACGUAUGUAUUUGGCGCAGUUUUAAAACCUGCUUUAUGAAUAUAAAUAACAUGCUUAUGUAGAAAAUUUGGGGGGGAAAAGAUAUACAACAUAUUCUUUACUUAUGGACUUACAUAGUGCUCAAUAGGAUAGGGAGCCUUAUAAUUUUUGUUCAACCGGUAAAAUCGUAACGAUAUCUGUCCCACCUAAGGUCUUGGGGGAAUGAGAAAAAAAUUCUCCUUGGUGUCCCCUAAAAAAAUAAAAACAGAAAAAUUCCAUAACA